ACCGCAUUCUUGAGGCGUGGCGAGGCUACGUCCGUACCGCCAUCGUGAUGACAGACGACGCGUUUGAAUCGCGCUGGGCAAAAUUGAUGGACUUGCUCUUGACCAAGCCGGCGCCUGUGCUCAACCACGGCCGCGACCAUAUCGAAGCACACUUUACGGCCGUCUUUGGCGCCGACGUUGACGCGCAUGACGCCAUUAUGACAGAGCUCCUCGCGCUCGUGGCGCAAGCGACAAUGCAACGAGACCGACUGCACGGCCAGCGCGCUCACGGCCACGUCAACAUGCUUGUGACGGCUACGACGCACCGCGACGAGCGCAACAAAUAGCUCGAGGAGGCAAAAGCAAACCCGUCCAAACAUGGAAAGGAGGUCGAAGGUUGAAAACAAGCAACGAG